AUGCAUUUAGUGUUCUCUCCUGUUGCGCCGCUCGGGAACACGACCGUGACGGGGAGGCACUCCAAAGACCGGCACGGCUGGGUGAGGGAGGUGGCGACCGCGAGGGAUGCCCUUGCUCUCCGCCGACCCGCGGUGCAGCUUGAAAGAGCACUCCGGGACAUGAUGGAAAGCCUGGCGAUUGACUGGUCCAGCAUGGCCGUCGCCGAGGGGGAGGAUGUCUCGUGGGACAGCCCGUACGACUGGACAUUCCUCAAAUUGCAGGGGCGUGACCGCCGAAAGGGAAAGGAUCGAGAGCAGAGAGCCUCGUCGGGCGAAGACGGCAGAGCUGCUCUCAGUGCUACCGUAGGCAGCGGCAUUGCGGCCGUAGGCGGCUGGGGUCCAACGGCGGCGGCAGUCGGAGCGGCAGCGCGCGCCCCUUCGAGAGGCAAGCGUAAGGUUGCCAAGAAGAGAGAAGGCGGUCGAGAGUUGACAAGUCCCGCUGCUGCUCAAGCUGCUGCCGCUAAAGCGGCCGUGUCCCCUGCUGCUGCUGCGUUGACGGGGAGGGGGCGGCAGGAGGGAGAGAGCAUAAGAGAGGGGACCCAGGGCGCGAGCAAGAUGGCGAGGGAGGAGGUUGCAGAAGAGGCCCGUGUGUUCGCCGCUGGUGACAUCGCGGGUGCUGGUGCUAACUCUUUGGCGGAGCUACUGGUGCCGGUGGGGGAGGCUUCGCCGGAAGAAAGCUCGGCCGGAUGUUUACCCUCAGCAGCACGCGUCGCCUUCCACGAUGGAGAUGAUGCAGAGAAGGUGACAGAGAAGGCCGACUCUCAGCCGCCUACGGCUGAUACUCCUGCCAAUGAGGCGACUCAAGUGACUGGCGACAAACAGGAUGCUGCCACGAGUACUACCAAUACGGCAAGAUUAGGCGGGUUACAAGCUAGCGAUAGCGCACAGUUGAGCGCGUAUUCUACGCCGUUAGAGGGAAAAGUAGGAGUUGUCAGACCGGCGUCCUCCUCAGAGAAAGCGACUGCACGCGAUGGCGGCGAAGGCCUCAAUGCGAGCAAUGCUAACAGUGCUCACAGCAACAGUAAUAACAGCAACAGCAGCAGUGCAGCCCCUGCCGACGCCGAAGGUAGUAGCGUUGGCACCAGUGACACCAGCACCGCCACCGGCCGCACCGUUGCUUCGGAGCCAAAGGCCACGACGCCGGCAGUGGCAACUCGUGCAUCCGAGGAAGCGAAGGAAGUGAGGGCAUUGAACAAAGUGAAGGAAGAGAAGGCAGGGAAGACUGACAUCUCCGGAGAGCGCAUGGGCGGCUUCAGAGGCGGUGGGGUUAUUGGUCCCGCCGGUGUAGACGACGAGAAGGACUGCACGAGGCUCAAGGAGGAAGCUGAUGAUGGAACAGCCACCGAUGCUGGUGGCAGUAUCAGCCAUCCGCGAGAAGCCGCCGGUGGGGGAAGUGCAGCAGGCAACGUGGCGAGCGAAGCAAGCAGUGGUCCGAUGGAAGUAGAAGGAGGAGGGGUGGAACUAGAGAAGGGCUCUGCGACGAUGAAGAUGGCAGCUGUCGAGGAGUCGCGGGAACAAGCAGGGAUGAGCGAUGAUGGCAAUGGUGACAAGACACCAGUCCUAGAUGGGCAGACGGAGGCAACCCCCGCUGCUGGCGAUGAUACAGGCCCCGACGAUGCUUUCUUUCUGAAGGGUGCGGCGGGAGCGGCGGCGGUAGCAACAGUAGCAGCUGCACCCACUGUGGCAGCAGCGACAACUCCCGCAGACUCAGGAGGCAACAAGGGCGACGGCGGCAGCAGCGACGGCGGCAACACUUCCAAGACUGCCGGUGUUGAUCGGUUUGAGAAGACGAAACCCAGCGGUACGCAGGAUGAUAGCGAUGAUGGAGAUGAUGAUGCGGAAGUCCCGGAGAUCGUGGAAGGCAUGCAGGAGGGGGGCAGGAGAGACCCGGGAGCAGGGGAGCAGCAGGUGGAAGCGGACAAUGCUGUUGCUACAGCCGCUGUUGCUGCUGCGACAGUUGCGCUAAGCGUUGCGGGCGAUGGGUCUACGAAAAAGCCUACGAUGACAAUGACGAAGGCCGAAGCGGAUCAUGCGGGUUUGACGGAGGGCAACGUGAGUCUGAAACGGGUCGACUUGGAACCCCGGUAUGAGGAGGACGAGGAAGAGGAGGAGGAUGUUGAGCCGGAAAAGCGGUGGGAGAUGGAGAGGGAGGGUAUUGCAUUGGCUAAUCUCUCCGCGGGGCUACAGGGAGCCCUAUCCACGGACCCCGCGUUUCGUGAGGCGUGGCGGCAGGAGAUGCUCGCCGCUCGCACUCUAGCUGGGGUGGCGACGUUGGUGUACUCGCUCCUCGCAAGCGCGGCAGGGGUCCUCCCUGCCCUUCAAGAGCAGGACAUGCAGGAGCAGGCUUUGAUUAACCAGGCGCUGCACGUUCGCUGCUCCUCUACGUCGGAAAUCGUGUGGGCUCGCUUGCACGGGUUCCCGUGGUGGCCAGCUCUUGUCGUCAAGCCAGAAGGGGUAGGCUUUCAGCGGAGCCUCCUAGAAGCGGGCGACCGCCUCGUGGUCUUCAUGAACGAGCAGCAACACUUCCGGGUGAACCACCGCUUCUGCAAGCCGUACGUCGGCACGACCAAACACGAUGGCGUCAUGCGACGGGCAAGCCGCAAUAACAGGAGGAUGGCCAGAGCGAUAAAGAUGGCAACGAAGGGGCUGCGAGUGGCGCACGAGCGUUUCGGGAGCGACGGUGACCCCAACGCCCCUCACAACCGACCAAACUUCGACACACAAGACACACAACAACAACAACAACAACAACAACAACAACAACAAGCCGCCCUCGCCGCUGGUGAGCGGUUGACGGGGAGCGCUACCGCCGCACCACCUGCCGCUGCUGGUAAGGUCUUGACAGGGAGCGCAACCGCCACCACUCACCGCUUAGUGCCCCCCGGGCAAGCAGCUCAGCGGGGUCUAGCCCUGGCAGCGGCGGCGGCAGCAGCGGCGGGGGUGGGUGCGGCGGCGGGAGGGAGACGAGGGGAGACGGUUAUGGUUUCCAGGCCCCGCCGCACUCCGAAACCUCCCAAGUAUCUGAUAGAAGGGAUGGUUGGGAACGGCGGUGCGGAUGCGCCCGUGAGAUCGAUUGCGGGCAAGGGCAAGGAUGGUCGUGUUGGUGGGUCCUCGGGCGUGUGGCGGGCAAGUAAGAGCCAGAAGCGGGGCGGCGGCGGUGGCGGCAGCGAGUUGGAGCAGCACCAACCCGCGGCGGCGGCGGAGCGGCAACCUUCCCGCAAAAAGAUGCUGACCGCCUUGGCUCAAGCGGAAUUAGCAAGCGGGUCGAUGAACAUGGUGCGUUAG